ACGAGGUGUAUCCUCAGCACCCGGAAUCCCGUUUCGACUGUCCCUCCCAUCCCCCGCCCCUCCGCCAUGCCAUGCUCGGCCAUCGUAUAGCAUGCGGGUACUCUGGCCCCUCACCCGGGUCCUCAACCCCUCCUACCCCCCUCAACUUCCUCUAGUGAAUGGCUAUAGCGACUUUGGCGCCCGCGGCUAACCGGGCAACAUCAUGUGGCUUCCUCAAGGUUCCUAUGUGUUGUAAAUCAUUGCCUAACACGCAACCGGGACCCUAUAAAUAUGACCCCCUCCCUUGUCUAAAAACAACCCUUAACUUCCUUCUCACCACUUUCUCUUCUCCUCUCACUCUCCUCGCCCACCCACAAAGUCCGAAAUUCAUUCGACUUCCAACCGAAACCCAUCAUCGCCCCCCCUCUUCUUUAUUCUGUUUAUUCAUGCUCGCUGCUGCUAGAUCUACUCCUCUCUCACGACCCGUCCGUCCUCGCGCUGCCGGGGGCCCGUGUGCUCGUCCAGUCUUUCCCAAAUCUUUGUACGAUAUAGGUGCCCAUCAGGAGCCUCGGAAAACCCACUGCAAGGGGAGAUUCGUCUCCCUAGCCGAUAAAGGACUGGCCUUUGGGUCAGCCCAUGAUCCUCGACCUCGUCGCCGCUGUCCUCAUUUCCAUCCUCCUCCUCCUCACCCACCCUCCCGGUAAGUUCUGAAAUUUUCUUAUUGCCUAUGUUCCUUGCCCUCCAGCAGCAGUGAAGCCUGCCCUCGAUCUCGAUGAAUUUUGAACUUGAUGAAUUUUCAAAGGAAUUUUGGGGUGGGGUUCCUGGUUUCAGUGGUUUCAGCACAUGGU